UGCCCAAUCUUUCUUACUGCAGUUGGUGAUACAUGGUUUUUGCUUUCUCUAUACAUCUAUUUUUUGGUGGUGUGUUUAAUUCUAUCUUUUCCCAGACUGUCGCCUCCAUGAAAGCAGGAACCUUGUCUGUUUUCUCCUCCAAGUUAUCCCCCCAACGCCUAGCACAGUGCCUGGCAUAUGUAGGAGCUCAACAGGGUUUGCGGAAUUAUUAUGUGUAUGUCUGAAGGAAGGAUGUUGGCAGUGCGCCCAGCGUGUGAGGGGAACCCCACUCUCCAAGUUUCCAGUGGCUUUAAAGGUGUCCUCGAGACAGUCAGAGGGACAGGGGGACACUUGUUUUCCUUCUUUCCUUCCCUCGCUUUCUUUCUCUCUCUCUCUCAUUCUUUUUGCUUUAAAGUAUGCUGAAAGGGCACUUUAAGCCAAGUCUGAAUGGCUCGGGCAGGACUGGGGCGCGGGUGCUGGCAGGAGCAGGAGAGACGACAUCUGGCCAUGGGAGCAUUUGUUUCAAAGUUCAAGGCCGUUCGCUCAGGGUCUAGGUCAGCCCGGUCAGUCAGUUCGGAGACCAGCCCCAGCGUGCCAGGACCGUUUCCGGGGCCUGGCCGGGGCGUUGCCGCGGGGUCGGGGGCCAGCGCGAGUGCUGAGUCACGCCCCGCCCGGAAGCGCCUCGGGUCGGUAACUCGGGAAGACUACCAAGCGGGAGCAGGAGCCGGAGCGAGAGCGCGCGGGCGCGGCCGGCAGCAGUGCCUGGUUUGAGAUGGGGUCCCAGGUCUCGGUGGAAUCAGGAGCUCUGCAUGUGGUGAUUGUGGGUGGGGGCUUUGGCGGGAUCGCAGCAGCCAGCCAGCUGCAGGCCCUGAACGUCCCCUUCAUGCUGGUGGACAUGAAGGACUCCUUCCACCACAAUGUGGCUGCCCUCCGAGCCUCCGUGGAGACAGGGUUCGCCAAAAAGACAUUCAUUUCUUACUCGGUGACUUUCAAGGACAACUUCCGGCAGGGGCUGGUGGUGGGGAUAGACCUGAAGAACCAGACGGUGCUGCUGCAGGGCGGCGAGGCCCUCCCCUUCUCUCAUCUUAUCCUGGCCACGGGCAGCACUGGGCCCUUCCCGGGCAAGUUUAAUGAGGUUUCCAGCCAGCAGGCCGCUAUCCAGGCCUAUGAGGACAUGGUGAGGCAGGUCCAGCGCUCACGGUUCAUCGUGGUGGUGGGAGGAGGCUCGGCUGGAGUGGAGAUGGCAGCAGAGAUUAAAACAGAAUAUCCUGAGAAAGAGGUCACUCUCAUUCACUCCCAAGUGGCCCUGGCUGACAAGGAGCUCCUGCCCUCCGUCCGGCAGGAAGUGAAGGAGAUCCUUCUCCGGAAGGGCGUGCAGCUGCUGCUGAGUGAGCGGGUGAGCAAUCUGGAGGAGCUGCCUCUCAAUGAGUAUCGAGAGUACAUCAAGGUGCAGACGGACAAAGGCACAGAGGUGGCCACCAACCUGGUGAUUCUCUGCACCGGCAUCAAGAUCAACAGCUCCGCCUACCGCAACGCGUUUGAGAGCAGACUGGCCAGCAGUGGUGCUCUGAGAGUGAACGAGCACCUCCAGGUGGAGGGCCACAGCAAUGUCUACGCCAUUGGUGACUGUGCUGAUGUGAGGACGCCCAAGAUGGCCUAUCUUGCCGGCCUCCACGCCAACAUCGCCGUGGCCAACAUCGUCAACUCCGUGAAGCAGCGGCCUCUCCAGGCCUACAAGCCGGGUGCACUGACGUUCCUCCUGUCCAUGGGGAGAAAUGACGGCGUGGGCCAAAUCAGUGGCUUCUAUGUGGGCCGGCUCAUGGUUCGGCUGACCAAGAGCCGGGACCUGUUCGUCUCUACAAGCUGGAAAACCAUGAGGCAGUCUCCACCCUGAUGGAGAGGCCGGGCGGGAGACGAGCUACCGCAGCAGGUGGGUGUACGGACUGCUUGGCGCAUGGCACCCGCCUGGCAAGUGCUAGAACUAAUGCUGUUCUUCUGGAAUAAGAUGCCAAUGAUGUGGUGGCCAGAAAUGCAACUUGUAUAAAACAAAAAUGGAGAGAGAGAGGCAUUAAACAAAUACCCCCCUUAGCGGAU